UGAAAAUAGGAAACCUCCCGCCCCUCCCCAUAUCAACACAGAUCCCUUCCUCGUCCUGGACGAAGGAUCCCUCUCUUGUGCAGAUCGAUCAUGGCGUGCCCUCCCUCACAAACCUCAUAGCUGCACCCCCAUUCCACGAUUGAAGGUUGAGGGCAAAGGAGGCACGUCUUGUUCAGCAUCUGGGACAGAAAGCAUAUCAAUCCCCAUCGCCGAUUUCGUAGAAACAACAGAAUACACAUUUUACUUUGGUGGAGGACACACGAAAUGAAGAUAUACUAGCAUUUACAGUUGAACUGCAAAAGUUACAGCAAGAUAAGAAAAAUCAAGAUGCUAAAAUAAUGGAACUACAGGAGCAGAUGCGAAGAAUGGAAAGGCAACCAAUCAGGAAAUUUCAGAUCCAAUGGCUACAAUUGGGUUGAACCUUCGGUUGACCGACAUAACUCAAAUAGAAAAAGGGUGCUUGCUCCUCCCGUUGAUGGACUCCGACUUGUUAAAACACGACCAAGUAAUUUACAGAACAAGCAAAGUGGUUCAAAUGGUGCAGAUUUGCAAACAUCAAACAACAAUUUUGUUUCAGAUAAGAACAAACAAACUAUGGUUCAUAAUGGUGGCAGUGCACGACAACUAGAAAAAUGUUCUGCUGCACCCAAGAAUAUUGUCCAGAACCAAGAAACUUCUGAUCAUAAUUUUAGUGCAUGGCAAGGGGAAAUAAAUUCUGCUGCACAAAAGAACGUUGUUCAGAACAAAGAAACUUUGCUUGAGGCUGUCCGUGCGCGUCAGGGAGAAAAAACUUCUGCUUCAAACAAGCUGACUGUUGUCCAGCCCAAAAAAACAACGAAAGGUGCUAAUGCAAGCAGUAAGAGUUCUCAAAGUGCUUCCCUGAGUUGGUUGGGUGCCAAUGGACUACCUGUAGGAUUUAAAAUAUUCUUGAAGAGCCUGAAAAAAUAUAACAUGGACGUAGCUCUUGCUAUGAUUGUAAGUUGUGAUCCUAAAUUAAACUUGAUGAUGCUGAAAUUGGAAAUAAAUUCUGGACGGUGCAUGUCGAUAUGGCACUUGAGAAAACUGACAAUUUGGUACGGAGUCGCAAAAACUGCAAUACUCUCGGUAAUGCUGAAAAAACAAAAAUUGCAUGGCCUUCAACCUUUAUUCAAAAGAUAAAUGGAUGAGUAUAUGGGUGUGUGGCAACUCAACUGCAAAGAAAGAUGUCGAUGGUCCGUUUCAUGAUGAUGAUGAUGAUGAUGGAUGGAUGCUAUCAGUUUUAGUUAUAUCGUAGGGAUGACAUUCCUGUUGAAUGUUGUUCCUCGGUUAAGUUUUAGUUAAGUUGUAGGGAUGUUGAUGGAUGCUUUCGUUUAAGUUUCAGUGUCAGAAAAUAGUUAGAUUAUGCAUCACAUUUGGAUGAUGUUCUCCUGUAAUAACCACUAUUGUAAUCCAACAAUUUUAUCUAAUAUAUGA